UGCAAGUUGGUGCUGCCCGCCGCGCGCACCCACCUUGUUUCGCUUCCUCUUCCGCAGACCGGAUGCACCUCCUGCGCCUUGUCAGAUUUUUGUUUUCGCUUUCCCUUUCUUGGCCUUCGCCGUAACCUACGAGCUCGCUCGCUCGGCGCAUCAACUGGGCUCGCGCCUGUUCCCCCAUUCCCCUCCCCCCUCCUCACUUCGGCGCGCUGCUUAUUAUAGCUCACCCGUUGCCCAACUCCGAGUCUCCGGGACCCGACCCUGUGCUCUGCGUCCGGCUGCUGCCCAACACCAAACCAUCCGUGCGUCAGAACCGCAGCCCUCACAUCGUCAACGUCACCACCACCACUGCAAUGGGCGAAGCAGCAGCUCCCUUCCCCCACGUCCCGCCGGCCGGCGUCUGGUGCCCGGCCGUCACCUUCUUCACCCCCGAUGACGAACUCGACCUGGACGCACAGAGGCGCUACUUCGCUCACCUGUCGCGCUCCGGGCUCGCGGGCCUCGUCGUCAUGGGCACCAACUCGGAGGCCUUCCUCCUGACCCGUGAGGAGCGCGCCCAGCUCAUCGCCGCCGCCCGCGCCGCCGCCGGCCCCUCGUUCCCCAUCAUGGCCGGCGUCGGCGCCCACUCCACCCGCCAGACGCUCGAGCUCGCCCACGACGCCGCCCGCGCCGGCGCCAACUACCUGCUCGUUCUGCCCCCCGCCUACUUCGGCAAGGCCACCACCAUGGGCGUCGUGAAGCGCUUCUUCGCAGAGGUCGCCGCCCGCGCGCCCCUGCCCGUCGUCGUGUACAACUUCCCCGGCGUUUGCAACGGCGUCGACCUCGACUCCGAGACCAUCUCCGCCAUUGUCCGCCAGAGCGCCGCGGCGAGCCCGGCAGAGGGCGCCAUCGUCUCCAACGUCGUCGGCGUCAAGCUGACGUGCGGCUCCGUCGGCAAGAUCACCCGCCUGGCCGCCACGCACGGCCCCGACGAGUUUUCCACCUACGGCGGCCAGUCCGACUUUCUCAUCGGCGGGCUCGCGGCCGGCAGUGCGGGGUGCAUCGCGGCCUUUGCCAACGUCUUUCCGAGGCUCACGGCGGAAAUCUACCGGUUGUACAAGGAGGGCAGGACCAAAGAGGCCAUGAAGCUGCAGCAGGUCGCGGCGCUGGCGGAGAGCCCAUGCAAGAGCGGCAUCGCGACGACAAAAUACGCUGUGGCGUGCUACUCGGCUAGGCUGGCGGGCAUUGACGAUGCAGAGACGAAGCUACGGCCGCGGCACCCGUACGAGGAGGCACCCGAGGCGGGCAGGAAGGCUGUCAGGGAGGGCAUGGCCGCGGCGGCGGAGAUUGAGGAGCGGCUGCAACGGGAGGCCGCGGCGGCGUCGUCGUAGGCCGAGAUCUUGAUUGGUGAUGACUGGGUAUAGACAGUAGAACCAUGAUUGAUCUACUUGGAAAUCUGCAAUGUUGU